AUGCAGCGCCGUGGAUGUGGCAUGGGGGCAUGGCGUGGCACGGACACGGCGCGGACAUGGAGAGUGUUGUGGACGUGGGCACGGACACGGCAUGGUCAGAGCGUGGGGGUGUGUGCACCCAGGCGCCCUGCUACUGCAUCAUCAUGGAGUUCUGCGCCCAAGGCCAGCUGUACGAGGUGCUGCGGGCCGGGCGCAAGGUCACCCCUUCGCUCCUGGUGGAUUGGUCCAUGGGCAUCGCCGGCGGCAUGAACUACCUGCACCUCCACAAGAUCAUCCACCGCGACCUCAAGUCACCCAACAUGCUCAUCACCUACGACGACGUGGUGAAGAUCUCGGAUUUCGGCACCUCCAAGGAGCUCAUUGACAAGAGCACCAAGAUGUCCUUUGCUGGCACGGUGGCCUGGAUGGCACCUGAGGUGAUCCGCAAUGAGCCCGUCUCUGAGAAGGUCGACAUCUG